UAUAUAAAAGAACGAAUGCACAGUCACCGUUUGCAUUCGUUCUUCUAGGCACUGUCCAGUUCGCUUUCCACCAUCGUUUCGGUUGCUUGUCGUCGAAACGCCUAUUCCGAAUACGAACAUCCAAAGACGUCCAAACGGUGUGUCCUUUUUACGGAGUAAAAUUUCUUCAAACAACUUGCAAUCACGAUCGAGACACCAGUUCGAAUAAAAGGAAUAUCCGCACGAAGAAACAGUAUAAUUGAUACGAAUUGCAAAGCAACAUUGUGACUAAGUAGUAAAUUGUGAGCGGAAAUUUAUAUGCGUGAAAGUAAUUUCGCACGUGUCAAUUGGCUAAAGAUCAAGAUUCAUAAUAACCUUGUCUCAUUUUACGAAGGCUAUUCUCGCCAACAUUUUAUACGUGUUAGUGUUCAAAAGCUGCCGAUAAAUGCGAGUCAGCAAAAAUUUCAAAAUAUUAUAAUUGCAUCAGACAGAUAGCAAAAAUAUCCAUCAACAUUUAAAAUAAUUUGAAUCAUAUAGUAAUGGAGCAGAAACUCCAUCUCACAAAUAUAACGUGCAAUCAGGCAAUCGACGUCAAGUUUUUGAAUUUGUCGUACGCAGUCCGGACUAGGUAUCGCGAACCGAAGAAGCACAUCCUCAAAGGCCUAAGCGGAAUCUUCAGAUCCGCCGAGCUGACGGCUAUCAUGGGACCGUCCGGUGCCGGCAAGUCGACGUUAUUAAACGUCUUGAGCGGCUUUCAAGAAGGUUUGUACACGGGAACGGUGACGUACCUCAACAGAGACAAUAUACAAAAUCGCGACACUUGCAAGAAACAGCUGCGCUAUAUUCAGCAGAUCGAUAACCUGUAUGGCCACUUCACCACCCAGGAGAACAUGAUGAUAGCGAGCUAUCUGAAGAUCAACAAGAGUAUCUCACACAAGUCAAGGCAGAUGCAGAUUGACGAUAUUUUGAACACGCUGACGUUAUCGGACAUCAAGGAGACCCGAACUGACCAGCUGAGCGGUGGUCAGAGAAAGAGACUGAGCAUCGCCUUAGAGUUGAUUGACAAUCCGCCGCUCAUGUUUUUGGACGAACCGACCACCGGUCUGGACUCUGUCGCGUCUAUCCAGUGCAUGAACGCGUUUAAAACACUGGUGCAAUCCGGCAGGACGAUCAUCUGUACUAUACACCAGCCCAGUGCAGCACUCUAUGAGAUGUUCGAUCAAAUUUACCUAGUGGUGGAUGGUUACUGUAUGUAUCGCUCGCCGCCCGGCAAUACGGUCAACUACUUCGCCCUGCAAGGCCUCCAAUGUCCAAUGUAUCACAAUCCCGCGGACUACAUGCUAGAAGUGGUGUCUAAAGAGUACGGUGAUUACGACGAACAGUUGAUCGCGGCGGCCAAGUGGCCCAUUGAGUCGAACAACGAGAUAAAUUCUAUCACAUCGUCGCGCGACAUGGUCCAGAAGAUAUCCGACAACGAUCAGAUGGUUGCAUUGAGUCCGCCCACGGAACUGAUACGAUUCUGGGUGUUACUGAAGCGCUACAUGCUUUUGACAUAUCGUAAACGCGAUACGGAGUAUAUAUAUCUAUUCUGUCACAUAUUCGUAUCCCUAUUAGCGGGUAUGAUUAAUGUGCGCGCUGGCAACGAUGGCAGAAAGGUAUUCAGCAACAUCUCCUGUCUGUUCCAGACCGUUGGGUACGCGUACUAUAUUGGCUUUUUACCGGCGGUACUAAAGUUCCCUUUGGAGAUCAAUAUUUUGCGAAAUGAGCACUUUAAUAAUUGGUAUCAGAUGAGAACUUGUUAUAUGGCCAUGUUAGUGAGCACAAUACCGUUGCAGUCGGUCUACAUCUUCCUCUGCACUUUUAUCGUCUACUUGAUGACCAAUCAACCGUAUGAGUUCUUUCGCUUCUCUAUGUAUUUCUUCGUACACAUCUUAACUCUCUUCGUUUCUGAGGGUUUGGGCUUAGGAUUAGGCGCGAUUUUCAAUCCUGUCAACGGGAGCUUCGUCGGAUCCAUGAUCUUUUGCAUCAUGUUAAUGCUCGCCGGCCUUUUUGACUUUUUUAAAGACAUGCUUCCACUCCUGUACUACAUCAGCUACUUGAACCCGCUACGGUACGCCUUCAAUGGUGUAGUUCAAUCCAUCUACGGCAAUGGUCGUGAGAACUUACAAUGUCCGGACAUUUACUGCCACUUACGGGUGCCGAGUACGAUAUUAGAGAUGCUCGACUUUGCUAAACCAUUGUUUUGGUUCGACAUUACCGUUUUGUUCGGCUAUUAUGUUCUGUUUCGAGUUUUGGCUUAUUUAUUACUAAAGAGACGACUAUCGAAACUGUAUUAAAAAAAUUAACAUGUAAAGUACAGCUGUGUUAUUAUUAUUAUUAUUAUAUAUGUUGAUAUUAAAUUAAUCGAAACGGAAAUUGCACGACCGCAGGACUCACGUGAUGAGACACUACGCAGCUUCCACAAACAUGUUUUUCGCAUGAUGCGUAGAAAGAAGACGUUUCGAAAUAGUGGCUGACGCUUCGGCGAUCGAAUCACUUAUGCGAAAUCACAUAAUUUGAAUAUGGAUCUGACAAUAAAUUAUUCUCACGCGUUCAAUAGCGCCUACCCAUAGAAGGUUUUAUAAUCGGCCCAGCACUGAUUGUCGGAGUUCAAGUAUUGGCGCAGUAUUGGAAAAACUAUCGGUGCAGUACUGGUGCUAAUACUGGAUAACUCUGGUCCAGUACUGACAAAUGAUAUUGGCCCAACUGUUGUUAGCCAGUACUUCCCGCGCAUUGGCAGUACAAUCGAUUCAGUACUUAGACAGUACUGGUCGUCAAAUUUGUAAUACCGCCACAGUACUACUCUUGCAGAAAUAUCAUACUAAGAAAUAUUGAUAAAUUAUUAAUGAUUAAAUACUACUAAUUCAGUAAUUUAGUAAUUUUUUAACCAGUAUUUAAUUUCUUGUAAAUACUGAUGAUAAAAUCACUGUUAAAUAUUGAUAAUAAUUAAAUAUUGAAAAUUAUUGUGCAAAGGUGAAAAAUGAGAAAAUCAUAACAUUAUACAGAAAUACAUUUAUAAUUUUUAAUUUCCUCAUAUCUCAUAAACCGCUAGGAACCGAAGAUUGUUAACAACACAUUCCAAACUUUCACGAAUCCUCCCUCGAUAAUUUCGAUUUCAAGCAGUAAUACCAUCCAGGUCAUCCAUCCAGUUUUGAUUCCGUUAAAGUGUUGCCUAUUUAAUUAACGAUCGAGCGAUUCCCGAUGACUUCAACGAUGUUCUUACGAUUUAAGUUUAUGUAACAUAUUCUUAUAAUGUUCAUGGUAUAUUAUAACAUACCUAGCAAACAAUAGUUACAAACUAAUACCAAAUAAUAGUUUAACUUUUAUUUAGUGUUUGUUGGAUAAUUUAUUAAUAGAUAUUGAAGCAACGCAACAAUAUUCGAUAUGCAAUGGAUUUUGUUUAAUGUAGUGAAGCAGUGAUAAUUAUUUUUAGAUUUUUAACAGAAUGUUUAAUGAUUAAUCCAAACAAAACAAUAAAAAAUCCAAGAAAAUCCAAAUCAAACAAAUCAAAUUACUAAAUUUUGAA